AUGAUGACGCCAUUCCUCGUUAUUUCACUGAUGUUCGUCGUCUCCAUUCAGGCCUUUGAUUCGUCGGAAAUUCGAAUGCUCGAUGAACAAUACGAACCGAAGAAUCCCUACUUUCCAUUUCUUGAAAACGAAAAACGAAGCGAUCGACCGACUCGUGCAAUGGAUUCUCCACUGAUUCGUUUUGGCAAAAGAGCUGCCGAUGGAGCACCACUCAUCCGUUUUGGACGGGCUCCAGAAGCUUCUCCGUUCAUUCGUUUUGGAAAACGAGCAGCCGAUGGAGCUCCUUUGAUUAGAUUCGGUCGUGCCCCAGAAGCCUCUCCAUUCAUCAGAUUCGGUAAGAGAGCAUCCCCAUCAGCUCCAUUGAUCCGUUUCGGACGUUCUCCAUCCGCUGUUCCUCUCAUUCGAUUUGGCCGUUCUGCUGCUGCUCCACUCAUCCGCUUCGGACGUGCCUCAUCAGCUCCACUUAUCCGUUUCGGCAGAAAAUAA